GCACAGGGCCAAAACCAGAGGAGAUUGAUGACCAUUGUGAUGAAACCCAUUGCGCAGGGGGGCAGGUGUAGGGUACAGAGCAAACCACUUCUUACAAGCCUCUGCUCGCCAGCAGGAAUGAGGGCAGUAUACCGUGACAGCACAGCAACCACCUGUAAUCACUUGGCAAACAUCCAUCUCAACUAGACCAGAACCCCUGUACCGAGUCCCUUGUGAUAUUCAGGGUCUUUAGUGUCCUUGCAGCAGUCAUGAGGCAGAUGAGGGAAUCUUCGGGCCGUCUCUUACAGUAUCCCACAGAAGUACUUCCCUGAGACCCUGCGAACAAACAGAAAGCUCUCGGAAGGGGUCUCAGGAGUUCGGUACCAGGCAGCUGGGAUGUGCAGAUGUCCCAGGGCAGCCGAACAGCACUGGACACCCCACUUGCUGCCCUCCACGCCUCCAUCCAGCCACCUGUUCCCCUCUUCUCCGAGCCAAGCCAAACGCAUGAAUUUGACGCACUCGUGUAUUCCCACACAGCCCACACUUCCUGUAGCACUGCUUUCACUAAACGCCCGGAUAUCAGACAGAAAACAUCAUCCGCCGCUGCUUUGCCGAGCCGGGCGCUCGGCCGUGUGUUUUCCCCGCUGCGCCGCCCCCUUUCUCGCACCGGGGGUCGGGGCUCGGCGGGGCUCCGGGCUCUCCGGGCGGGCCCGGCGUGAGGGCCGCUGUGAGGGCCGGUGUGAGGGCCGGUGUGAGGGGCCGGGCCCGGCCGCCCCGCCCACAGCCGCUCCGGGCGCGCAGCGGGGCCCAGUCGCCAUGAGCGGCCCGUGGGGCGCGGUGGGCCCGGCGCGGCCGGCCUGGCUGUGGGGGGCGGCGGCGCUGCUGGCGCUGGGCGCCCUGCUCGGGGCCUGGCGCUGGGCCGGCCCGCGCCGCCGCCGCCGCCUGCAGCGGGUCGGGACGGUGCUCAGGCUCUUCGUGUACCCGGUGAAGUCGUGCCGGGGGGUGUCGGUGCGGCGGGCGCAGGUGACGCCGAUGGGGCUGCGCAGCGGGGAGCUGCGGGACAGGUUCUGGCUCGUCAUCAGGGAGGACGGACACAUGGUGACGGCUCGCCAGGAGCCGCGGCUCGUCCUUGUUUCUGCCAACUGUGACAACGGGCACUUGAUCUUGGAGGCCGGGGACAUGGAGAGGAUAAGCGUGCCUGUAAAGCUUCCCGAGAAAAACCCCGUCCGAAACUGCAGGGUGUUUGGACAGGAUAUCCAAGGCAGAGAUUGUGGUGAUGAAGUGGCUCAGUGGAUCACCACCUUCUUGAACUCAGAGCCCUGUCGACUGGUGCACUUUGAGUCCUUCAUGGCGCCAAGAAAGUCAAAGGACUCAAUAGCCCUUUUCCGAAACACAGAUGAGGUUGCCUAUCCUGACUGCAGCCCAGUCCUGAUCAUCUCCGAAGCUUCAAUGGACGAUUUAAAUGCCAGGCUGGAAAAGAAAGUUAAGAUACAGAACUUCAGGCCAAAUAUUCUUGUAACAGACUGCAGUGCUUUUGAGGAGGACACCUGGGAGGAUAUUCUUAUUGGUGAUGUGGAGAUGAAAGGGACCGUGUGUUGUGGCAGGUGUAUUUUAACAACCGUUAAUCCAGACACAGGGGUCAUCGACAGGAAGGAGCCUUUGGAAACAUUGAAAAGUUACCGUUUAUGUGACCCUUCUGAGAAACACAUUUACAAAACCAGCCCUCUCUUUGGGAAAUACUUUGCUGUUGACAGAACUGGAACGAUUCAAGUUGGAGACCCUGUGUACAAGAUGAUCUGGGAAUGAAGGAGACUUUGAUCAGAAGAUGCUUUUUUACUUUGAUAUGCGGAUUGUUUUUCCAUGUACACAGUCACCAGCAUAAUCUUUUCUUCUUCCUUGAAAUAUUUGUUAUGCUUUUUAAGGUGCAGGAAGUUCUUUCAGGCUGUGAAUUGUCAGUCAUUUCAGAUCAUGUAAUCUACUGGCAUACCUAUAGUAACCACAUCUUUGGUUUUUCUGGAGGCUGUGGUAGAAGAGACUGGCCCAAGACAGACUUCACAGCAGUAUUGUGAGAAUCACACCUCCUAAAAUUUCAUGUCAACUGCAAUAUUGGAAUCCAAAAUCAUGUACAAGGGUUUGCAUCAUAUAUUAGAUACGUUUAGUGCCAAAAAGAACCACAAAAACAGUCAUGCCAAGCACAAAGUAUGUUUGUCACAGAGCUGCCUUUACAAAUGAUCGUGGAAUGCAGAUGACAGGGCUCUGCUUCCCUCCUUUGGUCAUAACCAUCUUGCCCUGUCUAUGUCCAGAGGUAGUUUUUAACAGUGUUUCUGUCUUUGAAGUUGUUUCUUGAAGAUUUUUACUAUCUCUUAAGAUUGGAGCAAUAUCAGAAGGAGGAUUCUGAGCUGACUAAAUGAUAAUCAGGUCUAGAGGUGGGGGUGCCAGGUAAUGAUGUGGCCUUGUUUAGUUUGUGACCUCUGCUGACAGUUUAAGCUGUCAGUUUUUUAUCCAGUGAGGAAUACUGUAACACUGAGUCCGUAGAGUGGUGAUACAUUUGCUAACAUAGUGGUAGAAUUUCCAGUUUGAAGGAACUGGGUGUUCACUGUGUCAGAGGCCUGUGUCAAAGCCGUAGGGCAGUGAUCUGAUGUUGAGCCUACCCUGUUCAAACUGGUGUCCAAUAUUGUAGGGCUCAGGCACAGCUCAUCUCUGGUUCAGUGGAUCCCUUUGUUUAGAAAGUUAGGCUGCUAAGCAGAUGUUUGGGAUGCUGCAGUUUGAGUAUGUUAACAUCCUUACAGGUUGUCCCUGUCGUGCUCCAAUCUAACCAAAAAGUCAGCUGUUUGUAGGAAGCUGAUAAUUAUAUUUUCUACUUCACAAAACAAAUAAGGGACAAAACUAGCUGAAUUACAGCAGUGUUAUAUUUUCUUUAAAUAUUGCAUGGCUUUUAAUUAAUUUUUUUUAAAAAUAGCCUCCAGGACAAAAGCCAGCCAUCUUUUGAAUGCUUGUCUGCUUGUUUCUUUUUUAUGGAUUACUAAAUUUGAAAAAAGUGUUUCCCUGUUCUAAAAGAGGAAUCCAAUUAAGUGUGAAGAAGGACAAAUAUGAUCCAAUCUGAUGUUUAGAUUCUUUAUUUUCUGUUGUAAGUAUGAAAAGGGAAUUUUUGAUGCAUGUUCACAACUCAGACCUGUAAAAUUAAGAGCUAUUGAGCUUUGAGAAAGUGCAGGUGGAUAUAUGUGGCAAUCCUGAAGUAAUCAUGUCAGGGAGGUAGUUUUCUAUUAUUUGUGAACUCAGAGUUGCUCUGAAUGCCAUUUUGUCAGCAGGGUACUCUGUAAGUAUUAUGUUUUCCUGGGAUAGACGAGUUCCCAGUUUGAAGUGCAUGUUGCAUAUUUGUGUAUUGUUAUGCCUGAUGCAGCAACUAGUGGGAAGAAGUGAGAGAAAAAGCAUCUUUUGAAAAGAAAAAUAAUUCUGAGGUUUACUCUUAAAAAGCACAUAUUGGAAGUUCUUAGUGUUAGAAGCUGAAAGUUUGUGGAAUUCCUAAUGGUAUCAUUGAGCACAGGCAGCCUGCUGGCCAGCCAAAGCAAUUAGUUAAGAGUGUGUCUCUUCAUUAAUUCAAAGAAGUGGAAGGAAAAAGAGCUGAUUUUUUUUUGCUUCUGGCCAAACAUAUUUUUUCCACUGUUGUUCUAGCAACAUACAAGCAUUUACAUAUCACAGAUUGUGCAGUAUAGAUUCCACUGCCUCUCAUUAGGCUGCUGAUUGGGCUGAUUUGGAAAUGGAGCUGUCUUUGCAAGGAGAAACUGCCGUCUGGAUUCCUGUUUGGGAGAGGUCACAGAUCUAACCCCCUGAUUUACUCCUGUAAAGCCUCUUAGCAGAAUAUGGUUGGAAUCCUAAAACAGGUGUGCAUCUGAGUACAGCAUGGUUCAUAGAUGACACUUAAAUCGAUUAUGUGGUCAUUUUGUGAAGUUGAGAGAAUGAGUUAGAACACUGCACUGUAAAUAUCUUCAUAUGAAUGUUGGUUUGCUGUGACUGUAGGAAUUGUGUUUGAUUUUGUUUAAGCAAUUUAGAAGAUUUACUGAAAAUGUGUCAGUCAUAAGCCACUGUUUUUAAAAUCGUGUACUUAAACAAUUGUUAAUUUUUUUUUAACUAUAGGAAGAGAACAAAAGUAUAAAUUUCUAAUUAAUUCAACUUUCUUAAAGUGUUA